AUCACCUGGACAACUAGAAAAAAGAGAGGAUAGUUUCACAAUAAUACUGUUAAUUCAGAAUAGACUAUCGGUAGAGUGAGUCAGUCAGCAAUCACCUUGUCACCCUAGCUAGAGUCGGAUGUCCGGAAGCAGUCGUACCAACGUUGUAUGGGAAAUCGGUCUAGCCAACAUGGACAGAUCGCAAGCAUUCGAAAGAUGUAUACUACAUUAUUUUAAGAUGAAUCUCUGUAGAGGCUCUUUCAUUUGUCAAAGACGCUCUUGCAGUUAUUGUAGUAUAUGUUAUUUAAAGAUGAAUCUGCAGAGGCUCUUUCGGUUAUCGUAAACAAAAGUGCUUAGAAGCUUUGCUCAGAUGGUGAUGUUUUGUCUAUAGUCAUAUACUGCGUUUUGGUAUUUCAAUCCCUUUAUCAGGACAACAUAAAAAAAUGCAGGAAUAAAAUCAUGCUCUUUCCUUCGAUCUUUAAAAGUUUCUCUAGUUAUUAUUGUUACUAAUAAUACUAUUAUUCAGAAGAUGAAAUAUAAAUAAAUUAAUUGACAAAUAGAUAAAAAAGGCAUUACCAUACAAGGAGAAUAGUAUUACUAAGUCCCUUUCACACCAUGCGUUCUGCCAACUAGCUGUCAGCAGGCAGCUGCCGCACUUAUGGAGUCGUUCACAUCUUGUGCGCGGGAGCCGGGAAGUAACUCGCCGCUGCGUUGCCGCAUAUGAUGUGCCGCAGCGUUGCCGCAUUGACCACACUCAGUUUGGGUAAACGACUAAACGACUCUGUGUUGCCAGUUACUGUCAAAGUUGGCCAUCAGUAGGAGAUGGAUAUUCGAUUAUACUUUACAGAUUUUGACGCAUAUUUAAACUUGUUAAUUAAGGAUUCAGUUUUGAAAAAGUUACAUUUUUAUACAUAUUUUAUUUAUGGUAGUCUUUGCAUUAUGAAAGCUUCAUUACCAAAUUUUAAAAGCAAAGUUAUAAAGUGUGGUUUUUAUCAUGAAGAAAGAUGUAGUCAGUGUGGCCGCAGAGAUGCCAGAUAUCGCUAUUUGACACCAUAUGGCAACGCUGCAUGAUGACGAGCCCGGCCCGCCAGGCUUAUGCGUCGACGCUGCAGGUAGAUGCGGUGGCCAGUGUACCACGCACUCAUCGGCGUGCUGGAACUCGCAGUAACGUCCUACCCUGACGUCGUGUUAUACUACGAUGGAACGUGAAAUCGACACAGAUCUCCUUAUAUCUUUAGUGGAGUCGAAACCAGUGCUAUGGGAUAAAAGUCUCGAGGACUACAAGAGUCGGAAUUUGACUGCAUCGGCUUGGAGGGAUGUUUGCUGCCGGCUUUGCGACGACUUUGAGCAGCUGAAUGACAAGGAGAAAAACGACUUCGGAAGGCUAGCUUACAAAAGGUGGAGGAACGUGAAGGAUAAUUGGCUCAAAGCUCAGAAGAAAGUUGUCGAACAGAAGAAAAAUGGCUCUGGUGUCAAAUCUGCAAAGAAUUACGUAUAUUACGAACAGAUGUGUUUCUUGAAGAAAAACCUCAGCGCCAGAGAAACGGAAGAAAGCUUUAAGGACAAGAAUGUCGUGGCUGAAGUCGAAGAAGAAGAAGAAGAAGAGGAGGAGGAGGAGGAACAGCCUGAUGGUGGCGUGAGAGCCUCCAGAGAAAGCGAUGCCUCGUCGUCCACCAUCAAAGGAAGCAAUAAGCGGAAACGUAGCGACAGAGAGGAAAGAAUCAUCAUGACCGCCGUGGAGGCUCCAGAAAGUCGCCAUCUUUCUUUUUGCAAGGGGAUCAUGCCCUCAUUGGAAAAACUGACCGACGAUGAAACGAUACAGUUUCAGCUGGGGGUUUUGAACUUGUUGCAGAACAUACGCCAAGUCCGAUCGCUUCCACAACCUCUUCGGUCCGAUUCACAACCCCACCGGCGUUCUUGCGGUUGUCAGCCUAGUGCGUCGGUUCCAACUCUCGUGCACAUCAAGCAGCCCCACCAGGAUGGCACCGCAGACGACCCUCUCCAGUGAUUUCUGCAACGCCAGAUAUUUUGUCAUGGACCCGGUUCUCAUUUCCAAUUCCAGGCAGCCUGAUUCACCACUCACAGCAAUUAUGACCUAGGUGUGCAAUCUCGAUUUUGCGUUGCUGUUUAGUACUAUGCCUUAGUACUAACUCUGUAUUGUACUUUCAUCACAUUCAGAUUUUUAUUUAUUAUAAUAAAUAAUAUUAAUUUUACAUUGCUGCCUUCGUACUAUGCCUUAGUACUAACACUGUAUUGUACUUUCAUCACAUUCAGAUUUGUAUUUAUUAUAAUAAAUAAAUAAUAAAUUUUACAUUGCUGCCUUCGUACUAUGCCUUAUUACUAGCUCUAUUUUAUUUUCAUCACAUGCAUAUCUGUAUUAUAUAAAUAUUAUAAAUAACAAUUGUAGUAUAAAAAUACACAAAGUGUAAUACUGAUAAUCAUGUAUUCUGCUCUUGUUUAAGUAAAGUGAUUAAGCUGCAGUGUCAAUGAU